UUGGAAGUUCCUGCAUUCUUCCUGCCGCUGGUUUCUGUGCGAGGCAUUACAGCACAGCGCAUCAUCGCGGCAAGCGGCUAGAGAGACGCGCUCCAUAGCGAAAUAUCAACCACAAGAUAGAAUUCACACGUCUUUAUUUUAAACAAGACUUUCUAAAUUUGUGCUACAUAUUUUUUCAUAAAAAAAUAAAAAAAUGUUGAAAAGUGAAAUGCUAAAUUCACUCAAUAAACAACAAAACCGUUACUGAAAGUCAAUAUAUUUGGACAGAAAAUAUAUUAUCGCUCCUUGUUCUUUUCCGAGUUGUUUAUUUAUUUUUUUAUUUUUUGGCUACGUCUGCCUGUAUUUCGUUUUUUAUUCUAAGCCGGUGAGGAAAUUAGGUUUUUUUUAUUUGGUUCGACAGCAAGGACGUCAUCUUAAAAUUAAUUCAAUUGUCUUGUCGUGUUUAAAUUCAAGCUUCGGACAUAAUAUUCGCAAUACAGACUGGGACAGAUGGUCUGACGAAGGAUGGCUUCCUUCAUGAAGAGCUUUGUUGCUGAAGUAUUGCUCCUGGCGGCCUUGCUUGACCCUGUGUGGCCUUUGAACCAGAAUGACCCCAACGUGUGCAGCCUGUGGGAGAGCUUCACCACGACAGUGAAGGAGUCGUACGCCCAUCCCUUUGACCAGGUGAAGGAGGAGCCCUGCGCAGACCCCUGGAGCUUCUACAAGUGCACCAGACACAAGAUCACAUACAAGACAGCCUAUAGACAAGGGGUGAAGCUGGCGUACAGGAGGCGAUACCAGUGCUGCCCUGGCUACUACGAGAGCAGAGAAACCUGCGUUCCCCGCUGUACCCGGGAGUGUGUCCAUGGGCGCUGCCAGGCUCCUGACCGGUGCCAGUGUGAGCCAGGCUGGAGAGGGGAGGACUGCUCCAGCGCCUGUGAUGGGCAGCACUGGGGACCAGCCUGUCAGAACGAGUGUGCGUGUCAGAACGGGGGCCGCUGUGACCCGCUGUCUGGGGCCUGCUUCUGUCUCCACGGUUACAAUGGCUCCCGCUGCGAGGACCCCUGCCCCCCGGGGACCUACGGUCAGGGCUGUCAGUAUGAGUGCCUGUGUGGAAGUGGAGCCACGUGUGACAGGGGGAGCGGGGAGUGCCGCUGUGCAGAGGACUUCACCGGGACAUACUGCAAGAUCCCCUGUAAGCCUGGGAGCUGCCCACCCCGCUGCUCCUGUCAGAAUGGAGGGCACUGCCAGGGGGUAGGGAGCUGCGUCUGCCCGCCAGGCUGGAUGGGCUCAGUCUGCACUGUGCCGUGUCCAGAAGGGCGAUUCGGACUCAACUGCUCCCAGGACUGUCUGUGUCACAACAACGGACAGUGUGACCCGGUCAGCGGACACUGUCACUGCACUAAGGGCUACACAGGGGACAGGUGUCAAGAGGAGUGCCCGGUGGGUCGAUAUGGUCAGGACUGCGCCGAGUCAUGUGACUGCGUGAAUGGGGCGCGCUGUUUCCAUAUCAACGGGGCGUGUUUGUGUGAGCAUGGGUUCCGCGGGCCGCGCUGCGAGGAGAGGAUGUGUCGGCCGGGCCUGUACGGGGUGCACUGUGACCUGGCCUGCCUCUGCCACCCCACACACACUCUGAGCUGUCACCCGAUGAAGGGGGAGUGUACCUGCAGGCCCGGCUGGGCGGGGCUCCUGUGCAACGAGACCUGCCCCCAGGGGUACUUUGGGGCGGGCUGCCAGGAGACCUGCCUCUGCCUCAACGGGGGCACCUGCGACAGCGAGACGGGGCACUGCCACUGCGCGCCGGGGUACAGGGGGGAGCACUGCUCCAGCCACUGCCUGCCCGGCUCUUUCGGCAUGAACUGCUCGUCCCGCUGCUUCUGCAGGAACUCUGUGGCCUGCUCCCCCAUCGACGGGAGCUGCUUCUGCAGGGAGGGAUGGCGAGGGUCGGACUGUUCCACUCCAUGCUCCAAGGGGACUUGGGGCCCCGGCUGCAAUGGUACGUGCCAAUGUGCCAACGGAGCGGCCUGCAGCCACCUGGAUGGAUCGUGCAGCUGUACCGUGGGCUGGCAGGGGGAGAGCUGCCAGCUGCCCUGCCCUGAAGGAACACACGGGCCGAGCUGCGGGCUGCGCUGUGACUGCCAGCACGCCAAUCACUGUGACCCGGUCAGCGGGGAGUGCCAGUGUCUGCCAGCAUGGAUGGGCACUCGCUGUGACAGGCCCUGUGAGGAGGGACGCUGGGGGCGGAGCUGCAACAUGAGCUGCUCCUGCAGCAAUGGCGCCACCUGUCUGCCAACCACUGGGAACUGCAUCUGUGCUCCUGGGUUCAGGGGACCCCACUGCCAGCAUGCUUGUCCCUCUGGUUACUACGGUCCCCAGUGCAGCCGGGAGUGUCCACAGUGUCCUCACAGCAGUGUCCCCUGUCACCAUGUCACUGGACACUGCGAGUGCAGCCCCGGGUUCACCGGCCCCCUCUGCAAUCAAGUGUGCCCAGCAGGUCGCUAUGGUAACAAGUGUUCUGGAGUGUGUAAAUGCACCAACAACUCCUGGUGUAACCGUGCCGACGGGUUGUGUGAGUGCCACCCUGGCUGGACCGGUGUGGACUGCUCUCAGCGCUGCCCCCCCGGAGUGUAUGGGCCAGACUGCCGACACCCCUGUCAGUGCCAGAAUGAGGCUGAGUGCAAUCAGGAGACUGGGACCUGCUCCUGUCGAGAGGGGUACACAGGCAAACACUGUGAAUCGAGGUGUCGUCCUGGGACGUUUGGGCUGCACUGCCUCCAGCCCUGCCUAUGCCCCCACAACGUCUCCUGUGACCCCAAGACUGGGGGCUGUGCCUGUGAGCAGGACGGGACAGGGGACUGUCGCAACGCUGAGCGAGAGGGAGGAGGAGGCAGCAGCUCGGUGGUCCCCGUAGCCCCCGUAGAGAGGGACUCUGUGGGAGCCAUUGCUGGCAUCGUCGUCCUGGUCAUGCUGGUGCUGCUGCUGCUUGUGCUGCUCCUGUUGUACCGCUGCAGACACAAGAGCAAGCAGGGCCGGGUCCCCACUGUCGCCUACUCCACAGCCAGGGUGCUGAACUCAGAGUACGAGGUGCCAGACAUCCCUCACGGUUACCAUCACUACUACUCGAACCCCAGCUACCACACUCUGUCCCAGUGUGGCCUCACCCCUCCGCACUUACCCAACAACCUGGAAAGGGUUAACUCCGUCAAGACCACCAAUAAUCAGCUUUUCUCCAAUAUAAAGAACAUGGAGAGGGAGAGGCUGGGGCCCUUCGGACCGGAGUGCAACGCCACGCUGCCAGCAGACUGGAAACACCAUGCCAGUGGCAUCCGCAAGGACAUAGGAGCCAUUGGGAUGGACAGAAGCUACAGCUACAGCAACAGCCUGGGGAAAUAUUACAACAAAGACCCGUCUCUGGACCUGAGCAGCAGCUCCCUGAGCAGUGAGAACCCGUACGCCACCAUCAAGGACCUGCCGGUGCUGCUGGGCAGGCCCUCGGAGAGCAGCUACAUGGAGAUGAAGGGCCCGGGGCAGCGGGAGAGCUCCUACACUGAGACCGGGCUCCUCAUGCAGCAGCAGCAGCAGCAGCCUGGCCGAGGCAGGGCCGCAGGGACCGAGUGCAGUUCGUUAGCGGAGGUUCCAGAACACGCGGUUCCGAGGCACUACGACUUACCGAAGAACAGCCACAUCUCCAGCCACUACGACCUGCCCCCAGUCCGACACUGCCCUCCCUCUCCACACACCAAGAGACUGGACCGGUGAGAGCCAGCCCAUUCUGGGACCCAGCAAGAGCCGACCCCAGAGCCAGCACCAGACCCAAAGCCAGCACCAGAACCAGACUCAGCACCAACCUCAGAACCAGACCCAGCAGCAACCCCAGAACCAGACCCAGCCAAAGAACCAGACCCAGCACCAGAACCAGACCCAGCACCAGAACCAGACCCAGCACCAGCCCCAACACCAGCACCAGAACCAGCCCCAGAACCAGACCCAGAACCAGCCCCAGGCAGCACGCACUGAAUGACUGUACUGUGACUGUGGGGAGGUUUGAUGCCUGUCUGAACACACUCAGAACCUUUGUUGCUUUCUUGUGUGGUGAAGUAUAUUGAAAGGUUGUAGAGGGGAGGUACAUUGGUCCAAGAACAUAAUAUUUAUCCACUGUGGGCAGAGGAAAAUGUAUUCCUACCCGUUUAAACAGAGAAGUCAGGACUACAUUUCCCAAUAUGCACUGCGCUAGAUAUAUUGAAGCCAGGAAUGGGAAUCACCUGGCACUACUAGUAAUUUAAUGAGGGAUACCUGCCUGAAAUGAAGCAAGCAGGUAUAUAAACAGGUCUAGCAGUGUGUACAGGUUCUCUGUGUUAAGGCUAGGACCUGAACAGAGACCGGCGGUGACCACCCGUUUCAGGUACAGUGCGUUGAAAGGAUAAUCUUUAUAUCAGUAAACGGCUUAGCUGUCAGAUUGAUAAGAAGAUGAAUUCCCAAGUGUAGUUUGUGCUCCUUGACAGAGUUAGGUUUUGUUUUGUUAAUUCGGUGGUCCUUUUUUAAAAGGACACCACUUCAAAUAAAGAUACAGACACUGUCCUAUUUGAACUCAACUACUGUUGUAUGGACUGCCUCUUUGCCCUAGAAGACAGUGAAAAAGAUCCUGGAAUAGUGACAAAGUCUCCUACACCUUUUGUCAAACUUGGUUUAGGCAGGUGUUGACAUUUCUAGCGUGGAAUAACCAUCGUAUUCAAUGCUACAAAACUGUAUUUUGGAAACUGUCUUGUCUACAUUUAAAUCUAGUGACAGGACGAAACAUCCCACACUGUUAAAUUAUGCCACGUUGCCAAAUUCAGUCAUUGCAGCCACUGUCUCAUUUUCGUCACAGAUCCAAAUUGAACUCAAGAUAGUCAUUGUUAAUGAAAAUGUUUAUAAUAAUAAUAGUGUGGUCCUGAGGGAUGCCAUCAUGUCCUGUAUAAAAUUCACAUGGACAUUUUCAGUUUACUGAAAAGUGUUAAACAUAUUGCAAACUGGCUUUUUUGUUUGUUUUGUAUAUAGUGUACAUAAUGUUUUUUUGUUUUGAUUAAAAAAAAAAAUACAAAUUGUACCUGCAAUGAUUGUUUGCUCUGUUUAAAUAAAAUGCAAAAAAAAAUC